AUGGCACAAAUGACAAUUUCCAUGGCACAAAUGGCCAUUGUUAUGGCACAAAUGGCCAUUGUUAUGGCACAAAUAGCUAUUGUUAUGGCACAAAUGACCAUUUCAAUGGCACAAAUGACCAAUUCUAUGGCACAAACGAACAUUCCCAUGGUACAAAUGGCCAUUCCUAUGGCACAAAUGACCAUGUCUAUGCACAAAUGA